AAUUUUCCGAAAAAAAUUACUAAUAUUAAUUAUCUUACUCUGAAAAGAAACAAAGACAUCUUUGAAUAAAUAAAUUUGACAAUCAUAUUUCUAACCUCUUAAAAACAAUUGUUGUUGCCGAAAUAAUAUUUCCAACAAUUCAUACUGACCGUCUGGAGGUUCCAAUGCUUGGUCUCCUCUCUCUCUCUUGGCCGUUAGUCGUGUAGGCGGAAAUUAGAUAGAACCAGUCGAACUACUCUCUCACAAUCAGCUACACCAACUGUGUGUGGAGAAACAUCAAUUUCAUUUCUAUUUAAGUAACGCCGGUUUUUUCUUCAAUUUUUACACCCAACAAGUGUAUUUUAUUUCUUAAAAUUACUAUUUUCUACUAGUCUAUUCGAAAUGCAAGUAAUAUAAUAGCAUAAUUAAAUUAUUAUACAGUUAUUUCGUGUCAAUAAAUUUUAAAAUAAUAUUCAAAAGUAUGAAGAAUGUUAUUUGUGUGCUAUUUUGUGUUUACUAAAAAUUGUUAAUUUAUUUUUUUAAGUGUUUAAAUAGUGUUUUAUAUUGUGACAAUUAUUUUUAAUAAUUUAUUUGACUCUUUGAUCCAUAUAAUUACGCCAUAAUUAUGACUUUAUUUGUGACGACAUCGUGAUGCUGAAGGCAUUCCUGUCCAGACUUUUGACAACAAGCCUAGCAGUAGGAGUCUUGUUAUUGGAUCUAUCAAAAUCGACAGGAUCGUUUCCAAUAUGUCAGCCUGGUGUGGAAUUUUGGUCGACUGACAAAUCUACAUGUGUGACAUGUACUAAAUGUGCUCCACAAUUCACCAUAAAUCCUUGUCUUAGCAACAAAGAUGCCAUUUGUGGUCCAUCAUCAACACUAGAAGUUGAUUGGUCAUUUGAUGGAAAAAACAAAACCCAUGUGAAUCAACAAAUCAAUGUGGGUAAAUCUAAAAUGCUCUGGUCGUUUUCGGAUGUAGAAAAUUAUCCUGAGCCUAGUAAACAGCAAGAGAACAAUUUGAAGGUCGAGAAUCAGACUGCUGAAGAAGAGCAGAAAGAAAGUGAUCAAGAAGAGGAAGAAAUAGUAGCUAAAAAAGCAAUUUUGAUAUCUGACACUUUUAUGGAUGAAAGCGUAUAUUCACAAUGGGACUGGCAAACCACAGCCUUAAUUUUGGCUGUGUGUGCCUGCAUUGUUUUUUUUUUGGUCGCUGGCUGUUCUGCGUUGGUGUAUGUUCGUCAAUGGAGGCGAAUGAAGAGAAAUUUCGAACCAGCAGGCUUGGAGGAGAUUUCGGCACGAUUAAAUCUAAUGGUGAAAGCAGAAUUAGCUGAAUUAACGUCAGGAGCGCCAAUAAAUCCUGGAGAUCCUGAAAUGAGGUGCCAUUAUUUGGAAAAAUUAUUAGACCGGAAACGAGAGACUCCGGUGGUGGCCGGAUGGCCGGAAACAGGGGGAAACUUGUAUAUCGAAGAGGGAGAAACAUCAAGUAAAAAUAAGCGUGGACAGAUAGCACGGAUUCAUCGUAAUAUUGAGAGUAUUCUUACUCAUAAAUCACUCUCUUCUACAUCUAUUACAAAUCCUGGUUAAGUCGAUAUAAAAUUGUAUAUUAUUUACAUUUUUAUACGUAUUUAAAACAUGAACUACGGUUUCCCUGUUGCCGUAAAAUGACAAUGAAUUUUACUGAAACAACCCAAAAUAAGACAAAAAUUUUUUCUCAUCACCACGGAAGUUCGAGUUUGCUUCCUGUUUUUAGGCAAAGAAAAAGUGAUCUUUUCUAUCCUUACUUAAGUGGUUGAUAAUAUCAUACUUUGGUCCCUCGGUUAACAAUCUACCACACAAAUUUUGUUUUAAAAAAAAAUUACGGUGCUACAGAAAUCGUAGUCUCCCCUAUAUUUAAUAUUCAAAAUAAAUUAUUAAGUCAUUUAAGUAAAAA